UUUUCUUGGAUUAUGGGUGCUCUCUCAAGUUUCAACUGGUAUGGUUUCUCCAAAGCUCACAGUGUAUUCCUCUUUGUCUGUAAAAAAGCUAUGCCUUUAACUCUCUCUCUCUCUCUCUCUCUCGUCUUUCCUAAUUGGGCCCCUCAUCAGGACUCAUCACUAGUGAGUAUGUAAUGUAAGCUGAUAUUAAUACUUAGUGCUUCACUAGCAAAACCACCAUCAAAACUAGUCUCUCCACGGUUAAGCUUAGCUGUACCUAUUCUGUCUCUCUCUCUCUCUGAGUCUGUUCUCCUCCAACAACUGAUCUCUUAUAAUUUCUUGCUUUGUUUCUUUACCACCCAUUAGCUCCAUCAGUUUCCCUUCCCUUGCUAACUUAAUCAAUGAUCAGAUUUACUUUGGUUUGUUCAUAAACUACUCUAUACUUCACCAUUCAUUUGAUUAAGCUCUCUCUAUCUCUCUCUCCCUCCAAAUUAGCCAAAGAAAGACUGUUUUUCUUUUUGCAGCUUCUUUGUGCCUGUGGAAAAUUGGAAAAUGGAAGGUGAUUGUUUAAGCAGCGCAUGAGCAUGAACUAGCUAUAUACCAACAUAUAUUCUCGAAGGGAAGUUCAUCCUCUAAUUGUUUUCUUUCUUUCUUUCAUUCUUUCUGAUCUUCUCUACUCCUUCAGCUAUUUCUCGAUCGAUUAAUUUCUUUUAUGUUGAUCUUCCUUCUUGGGAGUCGUUGAUGAGUGCGUGGUGACCUCCUUUACUCCCUCCCUCCCUCCCUCUCUCCUUGUCCCCUCUAUCUAUCUAUCUAUCUGUUUCAAAUUAAUGAAAGAGGAACACUAGUAGUAUUUGCUAGCUUGGUUCUACUACUGGUAUACAGCUAUUUAUGGAGAUAUAUGUCAAAGUGGAUGUGGCUCAAGCGUGAAUCAAGACCCUUUUAAUUAAUUGCUAUACUGUGUUCUUUAAUCAAAAGGAUUAAUUAUAUAUUGGCACCAUAUUCAAACCCUCCACUUCUGUUUGUCUCUCUCUCUCCUCUCUCUCUCUUGUUCCUUCUCUUUUGGCAUUAAAAUAAUAGUUAGAGAAAAAAGAAGUGAAAGAUCCAUCUAUCUAUUCUAGCUAAAGGAUAGACUGAUUGAUUAAUUAAUAAUGGAUCAACUUUCAAGUCAAGAAGGAGAGAUCCCAAUCACAAUCCCAGUCCCGAUCCCGAUCCCAAUAAAUACUUCCUUUGGAAGUGGUGGGCAUGGCCACCUGAUCCAUCAUCAUCAGCAGCAGCGCCCCCAUGACCCUACAGCAGCAGCAACAGCAAGAGCAGCCGUGCCCCACAACAACAACAAAAACAACCAUUCCAAUUUCCUUCCCUCCUCAACAGUGGUGCCCCAAAAUCAAACCCCCCACAACACUAACGGCUCUAAUCCCAUGCCCACAAGCCUGGAUCAUUCUCAUGAGGAGGAGGAGGAGCAGGAGGAGGAGCAUCAUGAUCAUGUCAACAACGCAAAUGCAAAUGUUGUGCCCUACAAAUACAACACUUAUAAUAAUAAGAAACAAGCAGUUGUUGGGCACAAUGGCGUGAGGUACAAGGAGUGCCUCAAGAACCAUGCAGCAGCCAUGGGAGGGACUGCCACGGAUGGCUGUGGCGAAUUCAUGCCCAGUGGAGAAGAGGGCACCAUUGAAGCCCUCAACUGCUCUGCCUGCAACUGCCACAGAAACUUCCACAGAAAAGAAGUUGAAGGUGAGCAGCAGCAGCUCUCCUCUUGUGAUUAUAAUUUCCAUCAUACCAUCAACAGGGCGGCUGGAGUUGGCAGCAGGAAAUUCUUAUUAAGCCAUGAAGGAGGAGGAGGAGGACGUCACAAGAGUUUACUAGCACCACCCCAAUACCCCCACCAGCACCAGAUGAUAAUGUCUAACUACAACAUGGGGAUGGGGAUGAUUGAGAUGGUUGGGUCCAUUCCUUCAGAUCAGUCUGAUGAGCAGGAAGAUCAUCAUCAUCAUCGUCAUCAUGGUGGCGGUGGUGGUGGGACAGUGGGCAGCAGGCCAGCAGUAGGACAUGUAGCAAAGAAAAGGUUCAGGACAAAGUUUACACAGGAGCAGAAGGAGAAAAUGUUAAACUUUGCAGAGAAAGUAGGGUGGAAGAUUCAGAAGCAGGAAGACUCGUUUGUCCAAAACUUCUGCCAAGAGAUUGGGGUCAAGAGAAGAGUUCUGAAGGUUUGGAUGCACAACAACAAACACAACCUAGCCAACAAGAUCAACCCACCACCACCUCCUCCACCUGCCCCUUAAUCAUCGAUUAGCUAGUUUCUGCUUAACCCUACCCUUAUAAAGUACUCAUCAUUAUUAUUAUCAUCUGUAAUUUACAUUGGCUUUUUUUCUUCUGUUUAUUCAUAAUGUUCUCCUUUUUCAUCUCCAA